UCAGCAGCUGUUGCUUCUGUUUGUUCCCGGCUAUAACUGUCAUCAGUGGGCAAAUUGGCAUAAACAGGCCUCCACAAGUGGAAAAACAUUUAACUCCUGUACUUGUCACCCUCUGGGUCUUCUCGGUGGCCAGGGAAGGAAAGAAAAUCUGACUGUGCAUGAGUGAAGAGCGGAGCCGAACGCAACACCGACCUGAAGGCACCUCUUCAGGGGGAGCCUGAAAUUGGAAGAGUUUCUUUCCCGUCGGAGACUUGAAACCAAAGAAAUAGGUUAGUGCACAGAGAGUAUAUCUAUGCAUUUUAAUUCUGAUCUCUACUCUGUCUGAUCUUAAUUUUUCUGAUAGCCGAAAUAGAAGGGUGGAUGGUUAAACGAAAAAAAAGUUGAGGACUGUUAUUUAAAAUGAUGCUGCCCACGAGAACAAAUUAUAAAAUGUGCUUAAUUUAUUAGGCUCCUCUCUCCCAGUUUUGACUGUACUCACAUUACACAGAUAGACAAGGUAAAAUGGAAAAAUGAAACUGGCUGUGGCAUGAUUCCCGUCCUCUCGUAAUGCCACUUACUUAUGCCAAAAGUCCUGGUUUCUUUACUAAAAUCAGUGAUGCUGAAGGCUUAAGUUUGUGAAUACAGUGCCAGGGUUUUAUUUCUUUAGGGAAACUAGGCAAAUUAGAAUUGGAUUGUUUUCCCACCUCUGAAGAAAGACAGAACGUCUUCCCGUUUAGAUAAAAUGUGGGUUGCAGGCUACUUUAUAUGAGAAAUCUGCCCACUUCCACCUCAGACCUCCAUAAUUUCCAUCUAAGUAGCUCUGGAAGACUCCCCUCAGAGAUUCUUUUGAAACAAGAAAGAUUUCCGAGAAAUUUCAUUUUCUCUGUAUAUGCUCCAUGUUAGAAAGUGGUGGUGCAGGAUUUUCAAACAAAGAUUAGUUCGGGGCCGUCUCAGAACCUGAAUGUUUGAUGUCUUGUUGAAAAGCAAUGAAUGCCAGAGAACUCACUGAAACGAGGCAUAGGGGUCCAAUUCUCAUUCUACCCGUAUCUGUGGAACAGAUCCACGUGGAGAGAGCCCUAAAUGAUGGCCUUAUUUUGGUCGGCUCCAAACAGAAAGUGAACCUCCCUAAGCCUUUUACGCGUGACUUCCAAAGGGAAGUGCACCUUCUGUAUACUAUCCCUGUGGCCCUGCCUUUUGAAAUGUACAGAGUGUCAACCGUGCACUUGCAGCUCCGCUAGAGAGAUACCCACAUCCAACUAAAACCACCAAAAGUGACCCAUCAAUUAAAUUCUCUUAAGAGUCUUGCUUCUUUUCAACAAUAUCUCCUGAGUUCUCAGAAGAGAGCCAUUAAGUUCCCCUUACGAAAUUUAAGGGUGAAAUAAACACUUCUUUACAUACUGUAGCAGAUAAAGACCCAAACAGUAAGUAUGGCCAGUGCCUUUGAAAAUGUCAAUUAGUAUAGCGUAUCAGUACCCUGAAUCUUCCCGUGGGUUAGGAAAAUAACAUGACAGGUGAUUCUACAACAUAUUUCAUAUGUCAUAUUCAUUCGUUUGUUCAAAUAUUACUAAGUCAUGACUAUAAAACCUGAAAAUAAUAUUUAUAAAUUAAGCCGGGUUCUAAGAAUACUCUUUCCAGAGACUACUCUCCUCCCCUUUUCUACUAAAAGAUUUAACAUGGAGAUGUUGGUUAUCUCCAAAUUCCAAAUGGUUUAAACAGAGAAAGGCAAAAUGGGGAGAUGGUUGACUGGCGACCGGCUUGGGUUUCUUUGAGACACAGAUUUAUGUUCCAUCUUAAGCACUGAUUUUUACUUGUGUUUUGUCUUCUUGCUCUUCUAGAAAAAAAUAGAAAAGCUAUCCGAGAUGACUGUCACGUACUCCAGUAAAGUAGCAAAUGCGACUUUUUUUGGAUUUCAUAGGUUACUCCUCAAGUGGAGAGGCAGCAUCUACAAACUACUGUACAGGGAAUUUAUUGUCUUUGCUGUUUUUUACACGGCAAUAAGUUUGGUGUACAGAUUGUUACUUACAGGAGCCCAAAAACGUUACUUUGAAAAAUUAUCAAUUUACUGUGACAGAUAUGCUGAACAAAUUCCAGUAACCUUUGUGCUUGGGUUUUAUGUUACUCUGGUAGUGAACCGAUGGUGGAACCAGUUUGUGAACCUGCCCUGGCCAGACAGGCUGAUGUUCCUCAUCUCCAGCAGUGUUCACGGAAGCGACGAACACGGGCGCCUGCUCAGAAGGACCCUGAUGCGCUAUGUGAAUCUCACGUCCCUGCUCAUCUUCCGCUCGGUGAGCACGGCUGUGUACAAAAGGUUCCCUACGAUGGACCAUGUGGUUGAAGCAGGUUUUAUGACGGCAGAUGAAAGAAAAUUAUUUGACCACCUCAAAUCUCCUCAUCUGAAAUAUUGGGUUCCAUUCAUCUGGUUUGGAAAUCUUGCAGCUAAAGCCCGGAAGGAAGGUAGAAUCAGAGACAGUGUUGAUCUGCAAUCACUGAUGACUGUUGUCACUCUGGCUGUCUACACCUUCUUCUUUGCCUGCCUGAUUGGACGCCAGUUUUUGGAUCCCACCAAAGGCUACGCGGGGCAUGACUUAGAUCUUUACAUUCCAAUCUUCACUCUCCUACAGUUCUUCUUCUAUGCAGGAUGGCUCAAGGUAGCUGAGCAGCUUAUCAACCCUUUUGGAGAAGAUGAUGAUGAUUUCGAAACCAACUGGUGCAUUGACAGAAAUCUGCAGGUCUCUCUUUUGGCUGUGGAUGAAAUGCACAUGAGCUUACCCAAGAUGAAGAAGGACAUUUACUGGGAUGAUUCUGCUGCUCGACCACCUUAUACACUGGCAGCCGCUGACUACUGCAUACCCUCCUUUCUGGGGUCAACAGUCGAAAUGGGACUGUCCGGGUCGGAUCUCCCUGGUGAGGAGUGGCUGUGGAGUUUCGAGAAGCACGGCCAGCGCCACUCCAUGAUUAGAAGAGUCAAGAGGUUCCUGAGUGCCCACGAACACCCCACCAGCCCCAGGAGGAGAAGCUAUGGCAGGCAGGCCAGCGACAGCUCCAUGUUCUUCCCCCCAAGUGGCGACGUCAGCCCAGCCAGAGAUCUGCUGGAUGUGCCCUCGAGAAGCCCCCACCGUGCCUCACCCGCCCAAAGGCAACCCUGCUCCCCAGAGGGGAACCCCAAGGCAUACUCCAGCCUGGGGGAGCUGUCCACGAUCAGGGAGACCAGCCGGACAAGCACUUUGCAGAGCCUGACUCCACAGUCGAGCGUGAGAGUCUCCCCCACCAAAAUGCCGCAGGUCCCCGAGGUACUGAUCACAGUGACCGAGGCACCAGUGCCCACAUCACGUGACUCCACUGCCUCCAUCCAGAGCGCAGAGUUUACCGGGGUUGAGCCAAGCAGGACUGGACAGCAGGAGGUGCCUGUGGGAUUGAUUGCAUUCCCCUCAGAGAAAGGGACACCUCCUAGGGACCCCAGUCCCCAGACUAGUUCAGCCAAAGAUGAGAGAAACAUCCUCACGUUAGCCUGUGGGGAAGACCCUAACGAUAAUGACAAGUUCCCCAAACGGUGGAGCCUCCCCGGUUUCCUGGCGUCCAGCCACGCCUCCCUGACAGGCCUAAGUCCAGAUCCCAUCAGUUCUGAGCCCGUUCUUUCACUUGACACAGAAACAUCCUCAGAGACCAGUGGCAUCAACAUUGUGGCUGGCUCGCGAGCCUCUCCUGAUGUGCUAUACUUACUGGAAAACCUGAACACCAAGGAAACAGACAUCGUAGAUUUUAAUAAUGAGCAAGCUGAGGCAUCACCCAACGGAAUACCAGAAAGGUCUAGGACCUGGUUCUAGCCUAGAUUCUUACUUUCCCAGAAGUUCAGCAUUAGUUCCAGAACAUACCUAAGGACUGGUCAACUUUUUAAAAAGCCAUCACACUGUAUAAGCUACUUUUUAAACUGAAGGGCAUUAUGAUCCUGAGUGUCUGAGAACUGAGAAAAUCAAACACAUUCACAUCAUCCAUUACAAGGUGACUUUCAUAAAAGUUACACAGACCACAGUGACAUAUCUUAACCAAAUAAGGAAUCUUAAAAAUAUAUAUAUAUAUGACUUAUAAUUCAUAGAUUGCUAGCUUUGUAGAUAGAUAGUCCAGUCUCCUGAUUUUGCCUAUAGGGAGACAAAGGAGUCUCUCCUCCCCUCCUUUUUUUUUUCUUCUGCACUUCAAUUAUAAACAGAGGGAGCUGGGUCACACAAUGCCUCGAAAGCCCCUUCCUAAUUCCGACUCUUUGAGGCUUUCUGUCUCACUCCUUUCUAGAAUUAUUAUCACUUCUUGAUUCGUAAGCUCUAUCAGCAGCACAACCUCCAUCUCCCUUCAAUUUCCUUUUCUCUGUUUUCUUUUUAUUCUCUCAUCCCUUCAUCCUUCCCUUCUACUCCGUCCCUCCUUUCAAGUGGUAAUAUUUUCUCUUGCUAUCUCUGCUGCUUACUUCUUGCCACAGUUUUCAGACCAUGAGGUGUUGGCAAUGCCUCCUACGGGGCGAUCAAAGAUGUCUGACACAUGCCAGCCUCCUAGUGGAAGGGGUGUGGGAGCUGAUGGCACCCCACCACACCCUCGGCCGCCAUUGCUGUUCUUUCCAUAUCCACUCUUUGGUCUUGAACAUUGGAGAAAAAUUGGAAGGACAAGGAACCUGAAUAACCAAAUGAUAUGGAACCAAAGAAUAACAAGGCUUGAGUGUGUUUAACUUGAACUCUUAAAGCAAAAAUCCCAAUCAUGUCCCAAUCUGGGUCCAGUUACCAUGUCUUCCAGGUUGUUUGGCAUGAGGUAGGAUCUCGGAGCUGGGAGGUUAAGGGGGUCCAGGACUGCACAAUGCGGAUGGGAUGUUGACCAGCUCCCUCCAAAGGGUUGUGGGGGGUGCAAUUGGCUGGGGCCUCCAACUUUGUCUGGAAGGCCAUGUCUUAGGAGUACUGCUGUCACUAUUUCUGUUGAAUGAUGAGGCUCGACUACAUAUGACUUACAAAAUAAAGUAACCCUAGUUGCUACCCUUUAUCAAGUGCUCAAGUCCAGGCAGCAGUGCGUAAAGUUCCCAGAGAAUCUCACUAAUCCUCACAGGAAUCCUAUGGGUCAAUAUACUAUUCUCACCAUCUUAUUCUAGUUUAUUUUUAAAAUUUAUUGAUUGAUUGAUUUUGAGAGAGAGAGAGUGAGCAAGCAGGGGAGGGGCAGAGAGGGAGAGAGAAAAUCCCAAGCAAGUUCUGCACCGUCAGCAUGGAGCCCGAUGUGGGGCUUGAACUCACGAACCCUGAAAUGACCUGAGCCAAAACCAAGAGUCAGAGGCUUAACCAACUGAGCCACCCAGGCAUGCCAUGUUCUCUCCAUUUUAAAGACGAAGAAAACAGAGCCUUUGGAAAAGUAAAGUAGCGUGACUAAAAUCACAUGGCCAGAAAGUGACAGAGCUUGAAUUCAAACCCAAGUUUAUUUGACUCAAGAGCCCACACUCUUACCCUGGGUGCUCCCUCACUGUGCUGUGCCAUGCGUAAGGUGCUGGAUCUACCAGCAGUUUGCCCAGAAUUCCGGAGGAUGCUCCACGUAAGCCAUACCUGAGCUUCUCCAGCCUUGGCAACCCCUCCGGGUCCUCCCUGCUUGAGUCUACCUGGUCUUUUUUGCAUGCACACAGGAGGGUGUCAUCCCUCUUCGAGCCCAGCCAUGAUCCUCUCCAUUUUUCUGACAGAGGAAAGUUGGCAGAACCCCUCGUUACCCCUCCCCACUCCUCCCAACAUGCAGUAUUAUCAUUAGCACAUUUUUGCAAGACGUUGCAUCCAACUGGGCCACCCCCGCUGCAUGACAGUAGUGACAUUUACAUUAACGGGUUUUUCUCAAAAGACUAAAAGGAAAUAAUAUUGAAAGAAACACUAUACAUUGAUGCUUCUCUAUGUUGCUUGAGAGCAUUAGACCUAGGAAGGGACCAACAUUCCCAAAGCGUUAAGUAUGGACUAGAGCAUCAAGCCCCGACAUAACACCGCUGAGAGGCAGGAACCCUAACCCUCCCCCAGCCUCUUAAUGCUAUUUUCUUGGCUGUUGCAACUUAAGUCCCUCUAUUCCCUUCUCUUUGGCUUUAGCUAUUGCUCAAAUUCAAAUAAAUUUCCACUUCGCUGCUUUUGAAA